AUGGCUUUGAUAGUAGUAGAUUCUCAAGGUGAAGAACUAUCUGUUUAUUUUCCCUAUCUCUAUGGGUAUUCCGAUCAUCUGCACAGAAAGCACGCAAGAGAAGAGGGAGGUCAAGGAGAACGGCGAUCUAAGAACCAGCUUCCAUUAUUUUCUCUAUCAGAGGCACCAACAGUUACAGCACCAUCCACAUUUGAUAUUUCAUCCUACCAUACUCAGGCUAAUCUGCAGAAGAACAAAAAUUGUCGAUCCAUAGAGUAUACUAGUCUUACGAAUUAUGAAAAAACUAAAAGUCUUACCGUAGUUCUUGAUGUAAGUUUGAAAGGUUGUGAUAUUACUGAUGAAGGCUUAAAGGCCCUGGCAAAAUGUUGUUCCUCCUUAGAGGUGGUUAACCUCUCAUGGUGUGACUUGAUUACUGAUUCAGGAAUAAGUUUUCGCUUACGGAACUACCGCGAAUUGGAUUCACUUAACAUCGGCUUCCGUAGCAAGAUAACGGGUAUUGGCUUUCUAGGGUGUCCACAGACAUUAACCUGGCUCGAAGAAAAUGGGAGCAAACUUACACCAGAGGGGAUUAAAGCAAUUGUUAGGGGUGGUGGGCUUGAAUAUCUUGAACUCUCAGCACGGACUAAAUUGUCCUGGGUUGGAGAAGAAUCUGGGACUAUGACUAUGAAUACUGAAGCAGUUUUGAUGAUUUUAAAAGGUUGCCCUUCUUUACGGGAACUGAAAGUAUCAGGUUUCGUGGAGGUAAUAAAGCCAGAAGGCUGGGAAGCUAUCCUUCGGAAUUGCAAACGUUUGAAAGUCCUUCAGGUGUAUGCGUGCUGUUCGUUUGGUGAUCGAGAGCGGAAAGCUUUGAUGGAUGGGUGUAAGAAGUUUUCCAUACUAAUCGCAAACGAUGAUAACAGUUGUGGCAGCUCUGAUGAUCAUGAGCCUUUCUAG